AUGGACGAAGUUGUGCCUGGGCUGUGGAUUGGCGAUUUAUCCGCAGCUGUAGCCAAUGAUGAGCUCGAGAAGAACAACAUCAAGUUCAUCCUCUCGGCAAUGCGGGGGCGUGUCAAGCUCAACCCAAUGCUCAGGCGCCACCAGAUUCCAUUAGAUGACUCUCCGGACACAGACGUGCUAGAGCACAUCCCUGCAUGCAAUGCUCUUAUUGAAGCUGCCCUUUCUCGCGGCGAGGGGAUUCUUGUACAUUGUCAGGCGGGCAUGAGCCGGAGUGCGACGAUCGUCGCAGCCUUCCUCAUGUAUAGCCAAAACCUAGACCGUGAUUCUGCGAUCAAGCUAAUACAACAAGCGCGGCCUUCAGUCGCUCCUAAUGUAGGUUUCAUGGAACAGCUAGAAUUGUACCAAUCUGCAUCCUUCAAAGUAUCCGGAAGAGACAAAAAUAUACGCAAAUUCUACUUAGAUAGAUCGGUGAAAGAGAUACUCAAUGGAGACGGUUCGGAUAUUCGCUCUGAUAUGUUUGCUGGAUUUCCACGAAGCGCCACUCCUUCCGCUCCUGUUACCCCUGGUGGUGGCCCGCGCCGCCGGAUCCGCUGCAAGAUGUGCCGGUAUGAUGUUCCUGCCAUUCCGUUCGCCAUACGAUAUACAAACCAGUUUUCCUCUAGACGGGAGCUUGCGGCUCGUGAGCACAUGAUGGACCAUGGUCAAUUGUCUCCCCCAACCCCGAAUGAACGGUCCAGGGCAUCUUCGCGGGCGUCAUCCCUUGGCGAAGGGGCAAGGGGUCCGAAGAGUUCUGUCCUUUUGGGGCUCAAGAUGAGCUCCAUAGAUGCAGAGGUUUUAGAAGAUGAGAAGUUAGUCCGAGCAUCACAGAAGUCAACUCGAAGUGGCGUACAGGGCGAGAGUGUUACGCAGAAUGCCUCGGCGAAUCUGAGUAUGACGGGCCUGCCUAAUCGUGGACAUGAAGGCACAGUUUCGAUCAGCAGGCGCUCGUCCCAAGGAUCCGCUACCGCCACACUACGUUCACUUUCCUCAGGGGAUGGAAUCAAAUCACGUUCAGUACUUCCAUCUAGUCUGAUGAUGAGUUCCAUGUCUGAAUCUGCCUUUGUUGACUCCGAUGGAGAAGAUGAGCAGACAAUCAAUGAGGCACCCGCAGCAGAAGUACAAGAGGACAGCGGGGAUACGCACGAAUCUGGACCAUCCACCGACCCGCUACCGGAUGGGCCUGUCCUUCUUUCUCCUGGAGAAAUAUCCGCCCAACUUCCUCCGUCAAUAGCAGCGCUUCGAAGGUCUUCUCUCAUUGCCGCCUUGCAUAACUCCUCGCCUCGCCGUCUUUCUCGCGCCGACUCCUUUUCCCUACAACCCAUCAUUGCUAAUCCUUCUUGCUCAGGGUAUUUCGUUGAAGCGGUUAGUGAGUCCUCCGAAGCGGCGCCCAUGUUAUCAUUGAUCUUGCCAUUACAGAUGAAAUGGAUGGAUUCAUUCCUUGGGGAAGGCCGAAUGGCAGGGAAGAUAAUAUGUCCGAAUGAAAAGUGCAAUGCUAAACUUGGGAACUAUGACUGGGCUGGAGUUCAAUGCGGUUGCGGACAGUGGGUCACACCUGGAUUUGUAAUUGCAAGGGGAAAAGUUGACGAAAUAUCUUAAUCGAACUAUAAGUGAUGUAGAGGCUCACCGAAAUCAUGAUUCCCGCCACAGAUACGUCGCAGACAAGGGCUUCUUCCAAUAGAGUUGCAAGAUAGUGUGAUUAUGAACCACGGCUGAUGUACAUACAAUGAUACGUUUAGCUAAGACUUCUAGAAAUAGGAUGCAGUGCGAUUUUUGGGUGCAUGAGGUUGCAACAAA